AUGGAAUACUCGGAGGGCCUGUUACGUACGCUAUCGCACACCUCAACACAAUCCAUUUCUACCACUGGUACUUCAUUCGAUGCCAAGUGGAUGCCAGAAUCCACAGUUUUGAACCAGACCAGAUACAAGGUCUCGCUCAAAGUGUCGAAAGAAGAAGGCGCUUUGCUACAGAAAACUUGGAAGAACGUGAUCUCCAACAGUGACACCUCCAACGUUCAAACCUCAUUUACAUCGUCGGUUUUUUGCGUGCAAUUUUACAAUAAUUUGAUCAGAAUGAUGCCGGGAGUGGAAAAGCUGAUCCCCUCUCUGAAGCAUCAGGCUUCUGCUUUUGCUGGCGUGAUUAACGUGGCCAUGUCAACAUUGGAUGAUCUCUCACGCAUGGACGAGUCCCUAGAGAGGCUCGGAAGACUACACUCGCGAAUUCUCGGCAUUGAUGCGGAACUGUUCGAAAUAAUGGGUCAGGCACUUAUAACGACUUUCAGGGACAGAUACGCGAAUUUUGGCCGUGAGGAGGAGGAGUGUUGGUCGAAGUUGUACUGCUUUCUGGCGAAUUCCAUUCUUCAAGGGGGGAUCGAUCCCGUGAUUGAGUACUCCUCAACAUACGCCGAAACACGCGAAGAAUUGAUAAGUCAACAGAGCAUAUAUGAGUCUGAUGAAGAGGCUGAAGAUAGCGUUUAUGAUUAUUUGGAUUUUGCAGGAGUCUCGGCCAACAAGAAGAAUUCCACCCCGAAGGUGUCCAGGUCUUCCGCAUCGUCUCAGAAGACAUUCGUUCCUUCACCAGGUGCCUAUAUGACUCCUAGAAAUUCCGUUUCUUCGGCCCAAUCUCCUCAAACUCUGGUUAAUAGAUCGCCGGCUCAGCAACAACGCUAUAACCAUCCUUCUCCGUCCUCUCUUGCUGGAAUGGCCAACAUUCCCUCUGGCAUAAUGCAUCCCCCACCCCAGAAGGUUGCAAGUUUAGCACCAGCGAAAACUCAACAGAGUCUGAAAUCAUCCAAGAGACUAAGCAGGAGAGGAAAGAAGGCGGUUGGAGAAGAAGAUCCCAACUGUAUUAUUAUGUGA